AUGAACCGACUCAUUCGCCCCGUCUCGCGCCAAUUGUUGCGUUCUCGCACUCGUUAUCCUUUUUCCAUUCCCCCACCGCCAGCGUUGAAGAGACUCUACACCAUGGGACACGACAAGCCUGAGUUAAAAGAUCCUUCCCUGUUUAUUCAGAAGUCCUACAUCAAUGGCGAGUGGGUUGAUGCUAAGUCGGGCGAGACCUUCGAGGUCCACGACCCCGCCACCGGCAAGCUCAUCGGAACCUGUCCCGAGCUCGAUACCGCCGACGUCGAGAAGGCCAUCGAGGCCGCCUCUGAGGCCUUCCCCAAAUUCCGCACACUCCUCGCCCGCGAGCGCGCGCGCAUGCUUCGCCGCUGGUACCAGCUCAUGAUGGACAACGCAGAGGAUCUGGCCAAGCUGAUCACAUGGGAGAACGGCAAGCCCUUGGCUGACUCCAAGGGCGAGGUGAACUACGCCGCCAGCUUCUUCGAGUGGUUCAGCGAGGAAGCGCCCCGCGUAUAUGGCGAUACCAUCCCGGCCUCUGUGCCCGGUAACCGUGUUAUCACGCUCAAGCAGCCCGUCGGCGUGUGCGGUCUCAUUACGCCCUGGAACUUCCCCGCGGCUAUGAUCACCCGCAAGAUUGGCCCGGCCCUGGCGGCUGGCUGUACGGUGGUUGCAAAGUCGCCUGCCGAGACGCCCUUCACUGCCAACGCCCUCGCUGAACUGGCGCACCGCGCUGGUAUCCCCAAGGGUGUUGUCAACAUUGUCACUUCGGGCAAGAACACCCCGGCUGUGGGCGAGCUGAUUACUACCCACCCGGAGGUGCGCAAGGUGUCUUUCACUGGCUCGACUAAUGUCGGCCGACUGCUGAUGAAGCAGGCUUCAUCGACUAUCAAGAAGGUGUCGUGGGAGCUGGGUGGUAACGCGCCAUUCAUUGUCUUCGACGAUGUUGAAGAUCUGGACGCCGCUGUCACGGGUGCUAUUGCCUCUAAGUUCCGCAGCUCGGGCCAGACUUGUGUCUGCGCGAACCGCAUCUACGUGCAGAGUGGUGUCUACGAUGAGUUCGCCAAGCGCUUCGUUGCCAAGGUCAAGGAGUUCAAGCUUGGUGGUGGUUUCGAGGAGGGUAUUACCCACGGUCCUGUUAUCCACGAGCGUGCCGCUGAGAAGGCGCACGACCACGUUCAGGAUGCCACUUCCAAGGGUGCCAAGGUUGCUAUUGGUGGGCAGAAGGCCUCUGCGCUUGGACCUAACUUCUAUGAGCCUACCGUGUUGACUGGAAUGACCAAGGAGAUGCUCAUCGCCUCCGAGGAGACUUUCGGUCCUGUGGCUGGUCUCUUCUCCUUCAAGACUGAGAAGGAGGUCGUGGAUCUGGCAAACAAGGCUGAGGUCGGUCUUGCUGGAUACUUCUUCAGUGGCAAUGUGCGCCGCAUCUUCCGUGUUGCUGAGGCCCUGGAGGUUGGCAUGGUUGGUGUCAACACUGGUCUGAUCAGUGACGUUGCCUCACCGUUCGGCGGUGUCAAGCAGAGCGGCUUCGGUCGUGAGGGCAGCAAGUACGGUAUUGAUGAGUUCAUGACCAUUAAGUCCGUCACCUUCGGCGGCAUGGGGGAGCCUCUGCAGGCAUAA